AAAACAUUUAACCCCGGCAAUCAUUAUGAUCACAAGUACUCAGUGGCAUACACCGUUUCCUUUACCGGUGAAUUUUAGGAUCCGCCAUCAUUUGCAAUAUGAUGGUAGUGACAUAGUGAUAUCAUAGUAUAUUACCGGAGAAAUUCAAAUUACAUACAAAUAUUAACGAAUAGCUGGCGCGAAACAGUUAUUAGUUACUACAUAUUAGUAACCUAACAUAAUCAGUCAUGGCGAACACAAGCGUUUCCUCGGGAAACGUUUUCAUCGAUGCUAAAGACCUUUUCUUCGAAGUCUUUGAAAAAGAAGUAGUGCGCGAUGAAGAAGUUGACAACUGGUUUUUAAUAAAUGCCCCAUGGACAGUUUUCACUACGGUAGCAUUAUAUUUAAUAUUCGUAAUGAAAGUAGGUCCAGAUUUCAUGAAAGACCGAACGCCAUACAAAUUAAAAAGCAUUAUGCUUGUUUAUAAUCUCACACAAGUAUUUUACAACGCUUUCUUGUUAUAUUGGUUCUUUUUUACGCCGGGUGCAUUGAGUUACUUGUAUAAUCAUUCGUGUCAUCCUCUUUCAAGACAAGAAGAGCCGUUCCUAAGUUUAGAGUUAAACAAAGGAUCUUGGUUCUACUUUUUCUCUAAAGUGAUUGAUUUAUUAGAUACGGUGUUCUUUAUUUUAAGAAAGAAAAAUUCACAAGUAUCAUUAUUACAUGUCUAUCAUCAUGCGAAUAUGGUUAUUACUACUUGGAUUCAAUUAAGAUUCUACAAAGGUCAAGAAGGACUUUUAGCUGGACUUCUUAACGUGUUUAUCCAUGUAAUCAUGUACUCCUAUUACUUCUUGGCAGCUCUAGGCCCACAUAUGCAAAAGUAUUUGUGGUGGAAGAAAUAUUUGACUCUUAUGCAAAUUACUCAAUUCUUGAUGAUCUUGACGUGGUAUGUCGGAUUGUUUUCAUUCCAGUGUGAUUUCCCUAAAACCUACAUUAUAUAUUUGUCUUUCAAUGUUUGUCUAUUCUUAUACUUGUUCACAAUGUUCUAUUUUAAAGCUUAUGACAAAGACGAAAAAGCUAAAGUUAAAACUGGUUAAAGUAUCUUAACGCAAUACUUAAACUUGUUAACUUUGGGGGGAAGGUCUAAGUACACAUAUUUGUUUUUAUAGUCUCUACAAUUUUAUUACCAUUACAAAUGAUAAUUAAAUUCAAAUUAUAAUUGUGAUAAAAUUAUUAUUUUAUUAAUGUUAAUAGUAACUAGCCUAUACAACAAUUACAAAGUUUAUUGUGAUAGUAUAUUUUGUUACCAACAUAAUCUUAAUAUAUUAUAGAUCAUUAAAAAAAGUAAACUACAUUUUUUAGAAUUAAAAAUGUUUUAUAGAAGUGGUAUACCAAUAAAUAGUCUAGCGACGGUAAUUAAUAAAUUAUAAAUUAACUAUCAGACAUGAUAUUGACAGAGGAUUGAGAUCGAGGUUACUUAAAACUAUUUUUAAAAACAAAACAUUUCCAUUGUGAAUAUUUUGUAAUCAUAUUGAAUAUGUUUUUUUUUAAUUGCGUAGAUUUUCAGAAUGCAAUGAAGUAUGAAUCUUAAUUAAAAAUUGUAAUAUUGUAAUUGAUGUGUUCUGUCUUAAAAUAUCAACUUGUUAAACAAUUUUUAGUUAAAAAUAUGUAAUAAUAUAAUAUUGAUAAAUUGUAUAUACUAUUUAUCUUAUUACUAUAUAUUAUAUGUAAUAUAUAUGUUGUUUAUUUUGUAAAUAACAAUAUCAAUGUAUUAAACUUAUAUUGUAACGA